GGACCAUCAGAGUCUUCUUUUAGUUUGGGAGGAAGAAUAUUAACAAAAUGGAGAACUUCGAUUUUGUCUGAUACUCUUGAAGCUGUUGUGACAACUCGUAAUUGGAUACGAGGAUACCAAAUGGAUGACGAUGAUGAAGAUACGAGGGAUGAUGGAGAAGAAGUAAAGCUUCUAGAGUGAUCGUCAUUUGGAAUGUCAAUUUGUUUUUUGACAUGUUUUAUUGAUAUUUGAGGUCUUGAGACAAUAUGAACUAUUAUGAGUCAUGUAUUCUUGUUAUGAUCAGACUUUUGUGAAUUAUUAUUAGUCUUUUUUAUGAUAGGACCGUGAU